AGUAAUCUUCAUUUUUUUGCCAACACCACUUAAACUAAGGUAAGCCAGAAGUGAAGAAUAAGUAGUUUUUAUUGCUACCUUCUUUCAUCUUCAUCACGGAUCCUGCCUGUUGAUGUAAGUAGUUGUUGUUGUUUUAUUCAUUUUCGGUACGAAGGCACCUCCGUGAUUGACCGUAGUUGACACUGCAUCAACGCGUCCAGAAUGGCACACAUCAACAUGGCAGCAGGCGCAGUAUUCGUUCCAUCCUCGGGUUGCUCCGGCUCAUCCCAAAGAAAACGGGUGCUAGCAACUCGUUCACUUGUCACCACGUGGGUCGUCCCGAGCGGGGUGGAGCGGCUAUCUUCCCAGGUUCGCGUCCGACAUUAUCCAAGGUUUGCAGCUGGCGAUCGUCGAUGGAACCAAGCGAAAUCGCUGAAGUUGGUCAACAUGGAUUCGCAGAAGCAUGGUCGGAAUUAUCGGGUCGGAAUAGGCAACCUCAUCGGUAAUUUGCAGAUUGGAGGCUCCUCGUCGUCCACUUGUUUACGAACUGACAAAAAAGCGGAGGCUCUGAGAUUGGAACCUCCACGACAGUGCGACAACCCGCAGCUCUACAGGAGUACAAGCCGACGGUUCUACGGUACGAGUAAACAUUCUAAUGAAGAGGCUGUGGUGGAUGAGUUUUCGACUGCCUAUG